AUGGUAUAUUUGAUGCAAAUUUCUUUGUACCUCCCAACAAUGGCAGACGUUUUAAAUUACAUGCAAAUGAGUCACAGCGCUCUUAUUGCAAUUUCUUCGCUUAAAGUGAAUCCACGCGAUUUAUAUGAGGAAUUAUCCCAUCACCGACGACUUUUUGACUUCCGAAAAUAUGAAAAUAGCAGAAAAAUUCACGAAUUUAUGCUUUACCAAUACCUUUGGCACAUAAUCAAUUUGUACCAAAUAAGAUCAACAAGACACUUUCGACUUAAUAAAACUGUUUUUCGAGUUACUCGCACAAAACCCAACAAGAAAAGUGAUUGUCCCUUUCGAACUUUUCUGGUUGUUAGUAGACGAGUAUAA